CGGCCCGCGCUCGGCAGUCCGGGGCGCGCUCCAGCCUCGUCGGCAGCCCGGAGCCCGGGGCUCGGGCGCCCUCGGGCCCGCGUCCGCGCGCGGCCACAUGGCUCCGUUCCGCACGCUGCUGUCCUGCCUGCUGCCCCUGCACUGGGCGCUCUGCGCCGCCGCGGGCAGCCGGACCCCAGAGCUGCGCCUCUCCGGAAAGCUCAGUGACUAUGUUGUGACAGUGCCAUGCAGCACAGACUUUCGGGGACGCUUCCUCUCCCACGUGCUGUCUGGGCCAGCAGCAGCCUCCUCAGGGAGUGCAAUAGUGGAUGAGCCACCCGCACCACGGUCACGCUCAGGUCACCUCCGGGUGGCCCGCAGCCCCCUGCGCCGCAAAGGAGCCACCCUGCAGCCUGGCCGGGUGGGGCGCUCCUCCCUCUACUUCAAUGUUACUGUUUUCGGGGAGGAACUGCAUUUGCGCCUACGGCCCAACCGACGGCUGGUGGUGCCCGGAGCCUCCGUGGAGUGGCAGGAGGAUUUUCGGGAGCUGUUCCGACAGCCCUUGCGGCGGGAGUGUGUCUACACCGGGGACGUCACGGGCAUGCCAGGGGCAGCUGUCGCCAUCAGCAACUGCGACGGAUUGGCGGGCCUCAUCCGCACCGAUAGCACCGACUACUUCAUAGAGCCCCUGGAGUGGGGGCAGCAGGAGAAGGAGGCCAGCGGGAGGACACACGUGGUGUACCGCCGGGAAGUCGGCCAGCAGGAGUGGGCGGAGCCUGGAGGGGACCUUCACAAUGAAGCCUUUGGCCCGGGCGACCUCCCCAACCUGCUGGGCCUGGUGGGCAACCAGCUGGGCGACGGGGAGCGGAAGCGGCGGCAUGCCAAGGCGGGCAGCUACAGCAUCGAGGUGCUGCUCGCGGUGGAUGACUCCGUGGUGCGCUUCCAUGGCAAGGAGCACGUGCAGAACUACGUCCUCACCCUCAUGAACAUCGUGGAUGAGAUUUACCACGAUGAGUCCCUGGGCGCCCACAUAAACAUUGCCCUUGUCCGCUUGAUCAUGGUCGGCUACCGGCAGUCUCUGAGCCUGAUUGAGCGGGGGAACCCCUCUCGCAGCCUGGAGCAGGUAUGUCGCUGGGCACACUCUCAGCAGCGCCAGGAUCCCAGCCACGCAGAGCACCAUGACCACGUCGUCUUCCUCACCCGGCAGGACUUUGGGCCCUCAGGGUAUGCGCCUGUCACUGGCAUGUGCCACCCGUUGAGAAGCUGUACCCUCAACCACGAGGACGGCUUCUCCUCGGCCUUCGUGGUGGCUCACGAGACCGGCCACGUGCUCGGCAUGGAGCAUGACGGUCAGGGGAAUGGCUGUGCAGACGAGACCAGCCUGGGCAGCGUCAUGGCACCCCUGGUGCAGGCUGCCUUCCACCGCUUCCACUGGUCCCGCUGCAGCAAAGUGGAGCUGAGCCGCUACCUCCCCUCCUACGACUGCCUCCUCGAUGACCCCUUUGCGCCCGCCUGGCCCCAGCCCCCGGAGCUGCCGGGCAUUGACUACUCGAUGGACGAGCAGUGCCGCUUUGACUUCGGCUCUGGAUACCAUACCUGCUCUGCGUUCCAGACCUUCGAGCCCUGCAAACAGCUGUGGUGCAGCCAUCCUGACAACCCGUACUUCUGCAAGACCAAGAAAGGGCCCCCACUGGACGGGACAGAGUGUGCCCCUGGCCAGUGGUGCUUCAAAGGUCACUGCAUCUGGAAGUCGCCGGAGCAGACUUACGGCCAGGAUGGAGGCUGGAGCUCCUGGACCAAGUUCGGGUCAUGUUCACGGUCAUGCGGGGGUGGCGUUCGAUCCCGGAGCCGGAGCUGUGACAAUCCCCCCCCAGCCUACGGAGGCCGCCUGUGCUCAGGGCCCAUGUUCCAGUACCAGGUGUGCAACAGCGAGGAGUGCCCGGGGCCCCACGAGGACUUCCGGGCCCAGCAGUGUGCGAGGCGCAACUCUUAUUACAUCCACCGGGACGCCAAGCACAGCUGGAUCCCCUACGAGCCAGAAGAUGAUGCCCAGAAGUGUGAGCUGAUCUGCCAGUCGGAGGACACAGGGGAUGUGGUCUUCAUGAACCAGGUGGUCCACGACGGGACCCGCUGCAGCUACCGGGACCCAUACAGCGUGUGUGCCCGCGGCGAAUGUGUGCCCGUUGGCUGUGACAAGGAGGUGGGGUCCAUGAAGGCAGAUGACAAGUGCGGUGUCUGUGGUGGCGACAACUCUCACUGCAGGACCGUGAAGGGGACACUGGGCAAGGCCUCCAAGAAGGCAGGAGCUCUCAAACUGGUCCAGAUCCCGGCGGGUGCCAGGCACAUCCAGAUUGAGGAGCUGGAGAAGGUUCCCCACCACAUUGCGGUGAAGAACCAGGUCACAGGCAGCUUCAUCCUCAACCCCAAGGGCAAGGAAGCAAUGAGCCGGACCUUUACUGCAAUGGGCCUGGAGUGGGAGUAUGUGGUGGAGGACGCCAAGGAAAGCCUCAAGACCAGUGGGCCCCUGCCCGAAGCCAUCGCCGUCCUGGUGCUCCCCCCAGCUGAGGGUGGCCCCCGCAGCAGCCUGGCCUACAAGUACAUCAUCCAUGAAGACUUGCUGCCCCUUAUUGGGAGCAACAACGUGCUCCUGGAGGAGACGGACACCUACGAGUGGGCGCUCAAGAGCUGGGCCCCCUGCACCAAGGCCUGCGGAGGAGGGAUCCAGUUCACCAAAUACGGCUGCCGGCGCCGGCGAGACCACCACAUGGUCCAGCGGCACCUGUGUGACCACAGGAAGAGGCCCAAGCCCAUCCGCCGGCGCUGCAACCAGCACCCGUGUGCCCAGCCUGCGUGGGUGAUGGAAGAGUGGGGUGCCUGCAGCCGGAGCUGUGGGAAACUGGGGGUGCAGACCCGGGGGGUUCAGUGCCUGCUGCCCCUCUCCAACGGGACCCACAAGGCCAUGCCGGCCAAGGCCUGCCCUGGGGAUCGGCCCGAGGCCCGGCGGCCCUGCCUCCGCGUGCCCUGCCCAGCCCAGUGGCGCACGGGAGCCUGGUCCCAGGUGAGUUGUUCUCAGAGGGUGGGAGGGGCUGAGCCAGUGGCCACCUUCUCUGGGGAGUCCAGGGAAAAGGUGGGUCGGGGUAGGGAGCUACUAAGAGAUGUGGUGCUCCCUGCUGGCAGAGAGUCUCCGCCUGAAUUUCCCUCCCCACCUCUGAUCUGGUCCAGCAAGGGCGGGAGCUGGAGGCCGGCGGUUGGGGGGGCCGAGUGGGAGAUGGAGGCGUCCUCCCGGCAGUGGUCCUUGUGCCAUAUGCAUGCAGCGGAGCCCUGCGUGGGGGACCGGUCCAUCUUCUGCCAGACGGAAGCACUCGAUCGCUACUGCUCCAUCCCCGGCUACCACCGGCUGUGCUGUGAGUCCUGUUCCAAGACGGCCCUGGGCCCCGACACCAGCCCGGACCCUGGCCUGGCCUCGCCGCCGCCAUUCUCUACUCCCGGGAGUCCGAAGUCCCCUCCAGAUGCUGUGGAGCCCACUGUGGGAACAACAGGGUCAGAUGCCCAUCAGCACGGCCAGCCCACACAACUCCCGAGACCUCUGGGCACCAGCCCCCCGGUGACCCAGCACCGCUUUACUCCCCAGACACUGGGCCCCAGAGCGGCUGGGGGCACCUCCCCUGGCACCCCCCGGGGACUGCCUUGGGGCUGGACCAGGGCACCUGUGCCAGUCUCCGAGGAAAAAGGGCGGCUCGGGGAAGACCCGAAGCACCCAGGCACGAGCCUUCCCGCCACCUCCCUGGGGACAUGAGCCCCGCCUCGCCUAUCCCUGCAGUCAAGUUUACACUGUGUGCUGCCUCAGAGACCGCCAGCUCAGAGGACACGCAGCGGGGGCAGUGGCAAACACAGACUUCCUUCUAAAUUAUUUGCCUUCUUGUUGUUCUAGUUUGGGGGCUGUGACACUUGAGCCCGUGAAGCGGGAGCGUGAGGAAGAAAAAGAUCAGGGGAAGCCCUAACCGGAGAUACCUCAGCAAGCAGCCAGGGGGACAGUCGCACCUCUCAGGGGCUCCCCGUCUGUCUCUUGGCAGGACUGAGGGCCAGCUAGCACACCCCCCCCCACCCCGGAUCCUUCCAGCUGCCUGCCUUUGCCAGAACUUGUGGGGUCCACUAUGGAGGUCCUGUCUAUCUGGUCUCUCUGCCCAGAGAGGCAAAGCGGGACCAGGGAAGGUGAGGGGGGAGCACUCUCAGGGCAGUCCAUGAGGAAGGGGGUGAGGGGUGAGUGUGGUCAUGACGCUCAGGCUGCAGGGCUGGGGUGGGUGGGAGGCGAGUUUGUCUCAGGCCCAGCUCUUCAUAGCAAGAGCGCCACACAGCUCUUCCAGCCAAGGCCAAGGCCAAGGCCAGAACCCACCUCGCCCUUGCUGGCCGGAAGGCAGUGUUGGUGACCACCUCUGCCCCACGCACAUGGCACCUCCUGUUACUUCCGGUGCAUCCCAACCUCACCCGGUCCAGCCCAGAGAAGGGGGCCCCGGACAGUCUGGAAUGCGUGUUCUCAUCAUCCGGGGCAUUCACAACUGGUGCUAGACCCCUGGCUGCACCAGGAAGGUCAACUUCGGUCGUCACUUUGCAGCAUGAAAGGAGCCCGGCCCGGAAGGUGACUCUCUGGGACACAGGGAUGUGAGUUCUCAGGUUGUGCCCCAUCCAUCAUCGUUCUCUGCCGAAGACCACACCUGCUGGAGUCAGGGGUCUUCUCCCACCUGGCCAGAGCUGGGCCAGAAGUUUGUGGUGCUAGGGUAAUGGGGUGCAGUCAGGUUCCAAGGCUGAGGACCACAGUCCACCCAGGCCCAAGCCCCAGGGCAGGAUGUGAGCCUUUGCCCCAUGCCCGGCGGGGGGGAGGGAGGUGACAUGACCCACAGCACAGUGGGACCUCAGCUACCCUCCGUGUUACCUCCAAAGGCAGGUAAUUUCCUUAGACCCCCUGGCUCCCAGGAAGCCCCUUGGGGUGCCAGGAUUUCUCCCAAGGGUCCUUAUUCCCAGUCACACAGAGGGUGUCCCGGACUCCUCAGCAGGUGACAGAGGUGCUUGCCUGCCUGCCUUCCUGGGGGCAGGGGGGCCUUUCUGAGCCAGGCUAGAGGCCUAGGAGCAGUGGGUCCCCACCCCCACAACCCCUAGAGAACAGAGGCCCGGAGGGGGCUCCCCAGCCGUCCUCUCCACCCGCUGCCACCCCCUCCCUGGGCCGCUGGGGCACACACUGAAAUCAUUCCUGUGAGACCCAGCCUGCCGGCGUUAGGGGUGUAACUUCCCGUGCCUCUGAGAUCCAGAUCUUUACACGUUUAUGUAUUUAUUAACAUUGUCCUUGGUGUUUCGUUUUGGACCCCCAGAUGGCGUGUUGUGUUUUUCUCGUUGUCUCUGUUUUAGAGGAAAAGGACGAUGAAGCCUCCCUCUCAUGUACUCUGCUGGGCAAGGUGCCUGGGGGUAGGGGAUGGAUGGGGGAGCGAAGCCGCAGAGGCUCGACCCUCAGCUUCCCUGCCUCGGCCUCACUCGCUCUUGGGCUCCUCGGAGCACCAGCUCAGGGAAGAGAGGCCAGAACAGCACCGUGGGCCGGGG